GCCGCUGCCAGGCCCUCGGCGCGGCUCGGCGUGCCCUUCGCCGCCGCGAUGCUGCCGGGGAAGUUUUAUUAUUAUCUGCGGGAUGCUGCUGCUGUUGCUGAUUGAUAAUUCGUAGUAAAGCUGCUGCUGCCGCUGCAGGAGGGAGUGGAGAGCUGAAGGAGAUAACUUUCUCAGAACUGUGCCAGUGUGAAGAGGAAACCAGGAACUAAAGGCACUGGAAUUAGCAAAGAAACAUCUAGAGAAAGUGGAGAAGGUAGAGAAUGGAGCUGCAGACUCUACAGGAGGCUCUGAAAGUGGAAAUUCAGGUUCACCAGAAACUGGUUGCUCAAAUGAAGCAAGAUCCACAGAUAUUUUUUCUUUCUAAUCAGAACGCUGAUUUGAAGAAACAGCUUCAUGAACUUCAAGCCAAAAUCACAGCUCUGAGUGAGAAACAGAAAAGAGUGGUGGAGCAGCUUCGGAAGAAUUUGAUAGUGAAGCAGGAACAGCCGGAUAGUAAAUUUCAAAUACAGCCAUUGGCACAGUCAGAAAAUAAAUUACAGACACCACAGCCGCAACCACUACAACAGCUACAGCAACAUCACCAUCAACAGCAGCAGCAGUCCACUGCACCCUCUCCAAACGUGAUUGGAUCACAGAAAACUGUAACUACAGCUUCUAUGAUCACCACUAAGACACUACCUCUCGUCUUGAAAGCAGCAACUGCGACCAUGCCCGCCUCUGUGGUGGGUCAAAGACCUACCAUUGCCAUGGUUACUGCUAUCAACAACAGUCAGAAAGCGGUCCUCAGCACAGAUGCGCAGAAUGCUCCAGUCAACCUCCAGACAACAAAUAAGGUCUCUGGUCCAGGAGGAGCUGAGGCAGUCCAAAUAGUGGCAAAAAACACAGUAACCUUGCAGGUUCAGGCUACGCCUCAGCCCAUAAAAGUGCCGCAGUUCAUCCCUCCUCCCAGACUCACUCCUCGUCCAAAUUUUCUUCCACAGGUUCGACCUAAACCAGUCGCCCAGAAUAACAUUCCUAUUGCCCCCGCACCUCCUCCAAUGCUUGCAGCUCCUCAGCUUAUUCAAAGGCCCGUGAUGUUGACAACAAAGUUCACACCCACCUCUUUACCCAACUCACAGAACUCCAUACAUCCAGUUCGUGUUGUUAAUGGGCAGACAGCAACCAUAGCCAAAACUUUCCCGAUGGCACAGCUCACCAGCAUUGUGAUUGCAGCCCCAGGUACCAGGCUUGCUGGACCUCAGACUGUACAGAUCAGCAAACCAAACGUUGAGAAACAGACUAUUAAACCACAUGUGGAAACAGAAGAGAAGCAAACAGAAAGUCGUACAGUUACUCCACCUGCUGCACCGAAGCCAAAACGAGAAGAAAAUCCGCAGAAACUUGCCUUCAUGGUUUCUCUGGGACUAGUUACUCAUGACCACCUGGAAGAAAUCCAAAGUAAGCGACAAGAGAGGAAAAGAAGAACAACAGCAAAUCCAGUAUACAGUGGAGCCGUUUUUGAGCCUGAGCGCAAGAAGAGUGCAGUCACGUACCUGAACAGCACAAUGCAUCCCGGGACACGUAAAAGAGGUCGUCCACCUAAGUACAACACGGUGCUGGGAUUUGGGGCUUUGACCCCCACAUCCCCUCUGUCCAGUUAUCCUGACUCCCCUGAAAAUGAAAAGACAGAGACCACAUUUACUUUUCCCGCAGCUGUUCAGCCUGUGUCCCUGCCUAGCCCCAGCUCCACAGACGGCGAUAUCCAUGAGGAUUUUUGCAGUGUUUGCAGAAAAAGUGGGCAGUUGCUGAUGUGUGACACAUGUUCACGUGUUUAUCACCUGGACUGUCUGGACCCACCUCUGAAAACCAUUCCCAAGGGCAUGUGGAUCUGUCCCAAAUGUCAAGACCAGAUGCUAAAGAAGGAAGAAGCAAUCCCAUGGCCAGGAACUUUAGCAAUUGUUCAUUCAUAUAUCGCAUAUAAAGCAGCAAAAGAAGAGGAAAAACAGAAACUACUUAAAUGGAGUUCAGAUUUAAAACAGGAAAGAGAACAGCUAGAGCAGAAGGUCAAACAGCUCAGCAAUUCUAUAACGAAAUGCAUGGAAAUGAAGAAUACCAUCCUUGCAAAACAGAAGGAGAUGCACAGCUCCUUGGAGAAGGAUCUGGUUUCUUUAGGAAUGCUGGUAAGGAGGCAGUUCACUCGUUCUGCUAACCAAGGGCAUAUAAGCUUAAUGUGACCCUUCAGGAGCUGAGCCUGGAAAGCCAUGCUGAGGGCCUGCAUCAGGACAGUGUUAAGCAGCAGCCCGUGGGGGACCCUUCCGGGACCUGCAUGCACAAAUCCAGCCUGUAAGUAGGGGAACAAACUCCAUGUUGCUGUUCUUCACUCUGUAAUACCCAAGCUGGUGUCAAAUGUUUCAGACAGAGAAACCCAGCCCAGGCCAGAACUAAAAAGGAGGAGCUACCUAAGGGCCUGUUUACUGUUAGUGUCAAGAGUGCCUGGGUAACUUAAAAGCUUUAUAAGUCCAGCUCUGUCUUGAGUGGAGAGGUGGCACAGAAAGGCGGCCGGGAAGCCACUUAGCAGGGCGGAUUAUCGGUCUGCUGUGUUCAGCAGAGUUCUCACCAUGUAGGGAAUCAGCAGCAUUUUCUUCUUCCUAAGUUUAUAACGGAGGGAUGUGGAACUCUUGUCCCCUGUCGCCUUUUGUUGAUGUUGGAAAAGAGAUGUUGUUGCAUUUGAGCUUUGGGGAAGCUCUGUUCUUGGUAAGUAGCCAGAGUGGCCUUGGGGGCUCAGCUCACGCGGGGGAGCGUUAGCAGUGGCUUGUGCCAGGUUCCCUGGUUGCCCUGGCCAGCGCCUGGGGCAUGUGUUCAGUGGUCAGCCCGGACUGUGGGUCCUCCACGCUGUGGGCUGCUAUGGCUGCAGCCCAGGGAAGGUGCUGUACCGAGGUGCUCCCCUUGCUUGCAGUCCAGGUGUGGACUUCUCGAAGGGGACAUACCAAACCUGAGAGAGGGAAGGGCACUUAAUUCAAAAUGAAAGCAAGAAUCCCCUCCAUGCUGCGCUUUCCUCUCUGUAAAGCUGGUAAUGGUGACUCUGGGAGCUGGUUUUCUUGGGCUGUGGGCACUAGGAACAGGCACCGUUGAAGGAAUAGGUACAGUAGCGCUCCGUGCUGAAGGCAGCAGGAGGCUGCGUGUUUCUGCUUGUUCUAGGCUGGCGCGUAAUUUCUAAUCAUAGUUUCGUACAUUUCUUCACUUUAAUUAUCAUUGGCAUCAAAACAGUGAUUGAUGCUAAAGCCAGAAGCACUGUCCUGCCCGUCAGCGCUCCCCUCCAGGACGUGCUUUGUCUCUGAGUCACCCCCAGCACCGUACGUGACAGGCAGCCAGGGCGCCGCGAGGAAGGGCUUUCCUGCCACGUUAAACCCCGUAGACGCAGCCGAUCUCCCUGGCGGAGCGCAGCAGCCCCCUGCAGCCAGAGCCGCCGGCUGGCCACAGCCCACACACUGCUUUCCCCCAGUUACGGCGUCAGGGACGCCCUUGCCCCCAAGGCUGUGGUGUUGCCCCAGAGCGGUGGCCUUGGCCCUCCGUAAUGGUCCCGCAGAGGCCAGGCAUGGGAGCGCUGCUGCAGACGAUGCGAACCAGGGAUCACGGGCCAGGGCGCUACUGCCACCCGGCCUGGCCUCCUGCGUAGGCGUUCCCGGCCAGGUACCGCGCGUGCCGUGGAAGGAAACCUCGGAGAAGCCUGUGGCGCAGGGAAACGCGGGUCAGUGAACUGCAGCUUGCCUGGGAGGGGCCAGUGCAGCAGCGAGCAGCUUUGGGGCAACGUUUCGUCCUUCGGUGGCUGACGGUCUCCAACCGCCCACUUUGUCUUCCGCAGCCUAGGGCAGACGGGGCAGUGAAGGGAGCUCGGCUGCUGUAGAGAAAAGCAAGGCGGCCCUGAGCGCUGUGGCACGUUCCCGCGAAUCACCAGCUCGGUGGACUUGCUGUUAAGGCCGCCACCACCACCAAGGCUGUCACCCAGCGCUCAAGCUGUAAAACGCGAGUCCUGCUCUGGGGCGGUCUGAGCGUGCGCCAGCCCGGAAAGGCGCCGGUGUCUCGGCCCCGGUCGCUCCCCAGCCUGCCCGAGUUUCUCCACGUGCUCGUCCUUAACUGCCCGCAGCUCCUCCAGCUGCUGCGGCCAUCGCGCUCUCCCAGCACCUGGCCUCCCCCUGCUUCCAGGGGCUGGGAGAAGGCCCCAGCCCACACGUCUAGGUUAAAAAAAAAAACCCAGACAAACUGCUGGGCCUCGUGGCCCGCGGCAGAGCGGCCUGCUCUGCUUGGCCCCAGCGCGCGCGAC